UCCACUCAUCCGUUGCCAGCAUCUCUGCGCAGAACAGGACGCCCCGUCUGGCCGCUUCAUCCACCGGGCUUGGUAAACAGCUGCGGGCCCAGCUCAGGCGAUAGUUGGGUGGAUGAGAGACAGUGUCGCGGGACGGUUGGAACCUCCUGAAAGUUGCUCGGACCCCGGGACAUCAGCGGCACCAGCAACCGGCAGUCAUGGCACUGAAGAUUGUCAAAGGGAGCAUCGAUCGGAUGUUCGAUAAAAACCUUCAGGAUUUAGUACGUGGCAUUCGGAACCACAAGGAGGAUGAGGCAAAAUACAUCUCCACCUGUAUCGACGAGAUCAAACAGGAGCUCAAGCAGGACAACAUCGCUGUCAAAGCUAAUGCAGUCUGCAAGCUCACCUACCUUCAGAUGCUCGGCUAUGACGUCAGCUGGGCUGCAUUCAACAUUGUUGAGGUCAUGAGCUCCUCGAAGUUUACAUAUAAGAGGAUUGGCUACCUGGCUGCAUCGCAGUGCUUCCAUGAGAGCACUGAUGUCAUCAUGCUGACCACUAAUCAGAUCCGAAAGGAUCUUAGCAGUCCCAGUCAGUAUGACACAGGUGUUGCCCUCACCGGCCUCUCUUGUUUUGUGACUCCGGACUUGGCUAGGGAUUUAGCCAAUGACAUUAUGACCCUGAUGUCUCACACUAAACCAUACAUCAGGAAAAAAGCUGUGCUGAUUAUGUAUAAGGUGUUUUUAAAGUACCCUGAGUCCCUGCGUCCUGCUUUUCCAAGGCUCAAGGAAAAACUUGAAGACCCAGAUCCAGGUGUCCAGUCAGCUGCAGUAAAUGUCAUUUGUGAGCUAGCCCGAAGGAAUCCCAAGAACUACUUGUCUCUGGCUCCACUAUUCUUCAAACUCAUGACAUCAUCCACUAACAAUUGGGUCCUCAUUAAGAUCAUUAAGCUGUUUGGUGCACUCACACCUUUAGAGCCACGGCUGGGAAAGAAGUUGAUUGAACCUCUGACUAACCUCAUUCACAGCACUUCGGCCAUGUCUUUGCUGUAUGAAUGUGUCAACACUGUCAUUGCAGUGUUGAUAUCUUUGUCAUCUGGGAUGCCGAACCACAGUGCUAGUAUCCAGCUCUGUGUCCAGAAGCUGCGAAUCCUGAUUGAAGACUCGGACCAGAACUUGAAGUACCUUGGACUUCUGGCAAUGUCCAAAAUCUUGAAAACGCAUCCGAAGUCUGUCCAAAGCCACAAAGACCUGAUCCUGCAGUGUCUGGAUGACAAGGAUGAGUCCAUUCGCCUACGAGCUUUGGAUCUACUCUAUGGGAUGGUUUCCAAGAAGAACUUAAUGGAGAUUGUGAAAAAACUAAUGUUACAUGUAGACAAAGCAGAAGGAACAACCUACAGAGACGAGCUGCUCACCAAGAUCAUUGACAUCUGUAGCCAGAGCAACUACCAGUACAUCACUAACUUUGAAUGGUACAUCAGUAUCCUGGUGGAACUGACCCGAUUGGAGGGAACAAGGCACGGACACCUCAUAGCCUCUCAGAUGCUCGACGUAGCCAUAAGGGUGAAAGCCAUCCGGGCUUUUGCUGUAGCCCAGAUGGCCACUCUGCUAGACAAUGCCCACCUUUUGACCGGCAACAUGCAGCGGAAUGGCAUCUGUGAAGUUCUGUAUGCAGCAGCCUGGAUCUGUGGCGAGUUUUCUGAACACCUAGAGAACCCGUUGCAAACACUGGAAGCCAUGCUUCGACCUAAGGUGGCCACUUUACCGGGCCAUAUCCAGGCCGUGUAUGUGCAGAAUGCUGCUAAGUUGUUUGCCACUGUGCUAAAAAGUGAAGAGGGAAAUACAGACAGCACUACAGCACAGGAAACCAGCCAACUUAUGAUUGACAGGCUGCCCCUGUUUGUUCAGAGCGCCAAUCUGGAGGUCCAGGAGAGGGCAUCAUGCAUCCUGCAACUGGUCAAGUACAUCCAAAAAUUGCAGCAGAAAGAUGUGGAGGUAGCAGAGGAAGUCACUGCUUUGUUCGCUGGAGAACUCAAUCCUGUAGCCCCCAAGGCGCAGAAGAAAGUGCCUGUUCCCGAAGGUCUUGAUCUGGACGCCUGGAUCAAUGAGCCUCCAUCAGAGAGCGAGUCUGAGGAUGAGCAGCCAAAGGCUAUUUUCACCAAGGAGGAGCCCAAACAUUCCCGCACCCGUCACACUGAGGUCGAUGAGAAGGAGCUUGCAAGGAGAAGAGAAGCCAGAAAGCAGGAACAAGCCAACAACCCGUUCUACAUUAAGGCCUCUCCAUCAUCUCAAAAGGUUUACCAGGAAUCCCCGGGAGUGGAGCACAUUCCUGUUGUGCAGAUUGACCUGAGUGUGCCUCUCAAAGUCCCAGGUCUGCCUAUGUCUGACCAAUAUGUGAAGCUUGAAGAAGAGCGCAGGCAGAAGGAGAGGGCUGAGAAAAAGAAGAAGGAAAAGAAGAAGAGGAAAGAGAAACACAGUAAACGGGGAAAGAGACAUGAUUCUGGCCCAGAGAGCGAAGAGGACAUCACGCCUGCACAUAUGGUCGACAUAGUUACCGAGGAGAUGCCAGAGAAUGCCUUACCGAGCGAUGAUGAUGAUAAAGAUCCCAACGACCCACACAAAGCCCUGGACAUCGACCUGGACAACUUGGUGGAGAUGGCUGGGCGUAGGCCGCUUGCAGACAGUGAGAAGCUUCCUGUCAGGGCACACCGCCCGGCGGAGGUACUAAAAAGCCCAGCAGAGGAUGAAGAAGCAGAGAGUGGUAUGUCGCAGGAGCCCAAGAAGAAAAGCACUAAGGACAAGAGGGAAAAGAAGAAGGACAAAGACAGAGACAGGAAGAAGAGCAAGGAGGAGAAGAAAAAGAAGAAGCAUAAACAUGAAGAUAAACAAGAGGAUCUUCUUGUUGUUCAGGAGGAGGAACAGGCUGUCCAGUCAGAAGAAAUCAACGAGGUGGCAGCUGCUCCCAUUUCCACCACUGCUGAGGUUUCGGAUCUGGAUUUCUGGCUGUCAAAUGCUCCAGUGCCCUCUAAUACUAAGGAAUCAGCCUCGGUGACUGAAGCAGUGGCAGACCCCAAGUCAGCCUCUGGUACUGCGGUGGAUUCUGAGCCAGACGAGCUCAAAGAAACAGAGAAGUCGUCCAAACACAAGAAGAAGAAGCAGAAAAAGGAGAAGGAAAACAAGGAUAAGAAGAAGAAAAAGAAGCACCAUCACCAUCAUCACAACAGUGAAGGGGGUGAAGCAUCCGUACAGAAUGGCACAGUAGAAGAAGAAGAGCCUCUACCACCCAUGUCCAAUUACUGCCUGCUGGCUGAGAACUCCUACAUAAAAAUGGUUAUGGAAGAUGCUGAUCAGGUUUAUGACAUCCAGGGGAACCUGCAGGAUGGAAGUCAAGUCGUAGUGUCCGUCAUUUUUGAAAACAAGUGUGAUGGUUUCCUCAAAUCAAUGGAGUUCAAUGUCCUGGACUCUCUCAACUCCAAGUUGCAGAGGCCAGAAGGAGCUGGACCACAUGACGGUCUCACUGUCCCCUUCCAGCUUCCACCAGGUGUUUCCAAUGAAGCUCGAUUUGUGUUCACCGUCCAGAGCAUCGUGAUGCCACAGAAACUGAAGGGAACACUGGCAUUCAUUGUCAAGAAUGAGGACUCCUCUACUCAUGAGAAACUGGACUUUAAACUGCACUUUACCUGCACCUCCUACCUAAUCACUACUCCAUGCUACAGUGAUGCAUUUGCAAAGCUGUUGGAGUCUGGGGAUCUGAAGAGCAGCUCAGUGAAAUUGGAAGGAGUCAACAUGCCCUUCCACCACCUCCUGGCCAGGAUCUGCUUUCACCACCACUUCUCUGUUGUGGAGAGAAUUGACUCCUGUGCCUCCAUGUAUAGCAGAUCUAUCCAGGGUCACCAUGUGUGUCUGCUGGUGAAAACAUCGGAUCAGACUGUGUCCAUCGAUGCUAAAUGUGACGAGCCGACACUGCUUGGGAAUGUGCUGGAUGAGAUCAAGCAGACCUUCUCUCAGUGCUGAUUGUGUUGAGUGUUGUCCCUGAGUGCCCCCUGAACCUCCGCACCAGCCCUUCCUUCCCUCACCGAAACAGCUUCCACCUAUUUAUUAGCCCAGCGAAUCUCAACUGUUCACUCCUCUCACUUUUAUUUCUGGCUCUGUGGUCACUUCUUGAUGAUGUGGACUGUUUUUGCUUCAUCUUUUCUGCAAUGCACUUUCUAUUUUCCAUCCCGAUUUUCCAAAUGCUGCCCCACCAUUGACUCUCGAAGCUUUGAGUAGUCAAACGUUUUCUGUUUCCAAACUGCAGUUCAGUGUGUUGCAGCAUCGUGUAUGACAACUGGACUUUUACUGUUGAAGAUUGUCUUUUUUUAUGUUGUUUAUGGUUGUCUGUGCCACGGUGUCAGACCCCUUUUUUUUGUUUUAAAGAGCACAGUGCUACUUUCUUGUUUACAACAUGGAACCAUGUGUGACUCGCUCCGGACUGGUCCUAACCCGAGACUCAAUCUUGCUCACCCACCUCUGAACUCAUGUCAGGAGUAGAUCUGACAGUGUUGAAUGAAAAGUGCAGAGAUGAAACCAAAGUGAUUUGGAAGGAGCAGAGGCCUAUAGGCUGGGCAGAGACAUGACAGAAGAGAAUCCUUGUGACUCAGCUGGUGUGUUUUCCACCAGGGUCUUUGACUUAACUCUGCCUUAAUAUUGCAGUCCGACCCAACCAAGCUGGUUGUUCUGAAAUUUACUCUAAGCAACGCCAUCAUCAGUUCUGAAAAAUCACUUCUGGUUGUGAUCCACUUGUAAUUAAUUAUUAAUCACUCUAGAAGCAAAAAGUUGCUCAUAUAGCUUUGAAAAGAAGUUCACAUGGACAAGAAGGUUGUGGUAGAAAAUGUAUAAGUUAAACACUAGAUGAUGCUUUUAGUUUGCACUGGCACUGGAAACAACCUUCCCAAAAUCAGGUUAAGCUAUGGAUAGAUUUUGGAAGCUGUCUUAAAGUCAGUAUUACACAGUAGUUUGCAGGAUAGGACAGAUGUGUCUCGAUUUACCAUCACCUGACUGACCACAGGGGGCGUUUGUUUACACAUAUUACCAUCAUGUUUCAUCAACCCUUAAACUGCCUUGUCACUUUUUAUCAAUGUUAUGAGCUCUGAGACUCCUACAACUUGGCUGAGGUACUUGUUCAGCUUGAAUCACUACCUGGUGCAGCAAAGCGGAGUCAUGUAGUAGCAGGUUCAAAUGGUAGCGUCCAAUACUUAUCAUCCGAGAUCUUCUUUCUGCUACAGGCACGUAAAGACAUCUCAUGUUGUGGAUAUUGCUUUCAGACGUCAUCAGCAGUAGUACCAAAACACCCUCAGAAAAUAAACCUGAUUUUUCUUUUUUUGAAGAAGAAGAACGACCGAUGGGUCUAGCGUGUCCUCCAAUCAUUUCGCCUUUGUAUCUCUUCUUUCUUGUGCAUAAUAUUGAUUAAACUUUGUAUGUUGCAUGAUUCGGAAUGUAAACUGUUCUCAAUGACGUUCUUUUCUGUUUCACACAAAACAAACUUGUCAUUCCAUUUUGUCAUUUUUCUUUGUUGUUUUCUCUCCCUAAUGAUGUUAAUUUGAUCUUUUUUGUUUUUGAUGAAAUUGCGUUUUUACCUGCGAUCAGUUCCAGACCAUCAAGGUGAUGUUGUUGAAUGUUUUAAAUUAUUAAACAUCAAAAUGGAGGGAGGGUUAAUUGGUGUUCAGGGUCGGGGUGAACAGGUCACACGGAUCGGUAUUCUGAGACUGUCUUCAUUGCUCUGUUGGUUCAUUUGUAGUGAGUUUGACUUGUAACAUUGAAUUACAAUAUAUACUUGUCUGACAGAGAUUUUGACGGUCCUAUCUUUAUUUCUCCAUGCCCAACUCCCCAGCUGUAAAGUGUUUUAAAGGGGAUAUAAAUUAUCUUCAUUCCCUUUAAAAUCCCUAAAAAAUGCCCAAAAUAAAAAAAAAAAUGCUGU